GUUGCUUACGUGAUCUGGAAAUAAGAAAACAAAUCGAUUAGUGCCGCAAAAAAAGAAAAGGAAAGGAAAGAAGGAAUAACUGGCUGACUUGACUUGACUUGACUGCAAUCUGAAUUUCAUUUAUACAAAUAAAUUAGUUAAGUAGAAAAAUGGGUGCAAUUCUUGGGACUGCCGGGUGUGUGGCAUGCUGUUGUGGUUCAGCUGCGUGCAGUUUAUGCUGCUCUGCCUGUCCUUCAUGCAAAAAUUCAACAUCAACAAGGAUAGUUUACUCCUUGUUCUUGCUUUUCACCACCAUCGUAUCAUGUAUUAUGCUGUCGGAUAAAGUCGAGGAUCAAUUAAAGAAAAUUGACUGGUUUUGCAAGAAGACAGGUGUUGGAACAUGUUCAGCUAUUGCUGGUUAUGAAUCAGUGUACCGGGUUGAAUUUGGUGCAGUCAUGUUCUUUUUACUCUUUGCUAUACUUUUGAUUGGGGUCAAAUCUAGUCGAGAUCCAAGAUCAUCAAUACAAAAUGGUUUCUGGGCAAUCAAAUUCUUGAUUUUGAUUGGUAUUAUUGUUGGAGCCUUUUUCAUCAAGAACGAAGAUGAUAAAUUCACCAAUGGAUGGAUGAUAACAGGUCUAAUUGGAGCUUUCCUCUUCAUCUUGGUGCAGUUAACAUUACUUAUUGACUUUGCACAUGCUUGGAACGAAAAUUGGGUGGAUAACAUGGAAGAAUCUGGUUCAAAAUGUUGGAUGGCAGGCCUGUUAAUGUCUACAUGUAUUAUGUAUGCAUGUACAAUUGGUGCCAUUGUUUGCAUGUUUAUAUAUUUUACACAAUCAUCCACUGACAGUUGUCACUUGGAAAAGUUUGUUGUGAGCUUUCAACUCAUUAUGUCUAUUGUGAUAUCUGUCAUGGCGAUUCUUCCUUCAGUGCAAGAACAUCAACCUAAAUCAGGUUUGUUACAAGCUGCUACGAUUUCUUUGUACACAUCGUAUUUGACAUGGAGUGCACUUUCUUACAGACCAGGAACAUGCAAUGAAUUCAACUCAGCUAUAGCAAAUGGUAAUCUCAGCUUGGACGCACAAUCAAUCAUUGGUAUUGUCGUCACAUUUGUGCUCGUGAUGUUUGCAUGUGUUCGCACUUCGUCGUCAUCUCAAAUCGGUAAACUUGGUCUUGGUGACUCUGAAAAUACCAACCUUGGUGGCGACCCAAGUGGUGCAGCAGCUGACCCAGAACAUAAAGGACAAGUGGUGUAUGAUGAUGAGACAGAAAGUUUAACGUACUCCUACACGUUUUUUCAUUUCACCAUGAUCCUUGCAACAUUUUAUCUCAUGAUGACUAUCACCAACUGGUACAAACCUGACGACACACAGUUGUCGAAGCUCACAAGUUCAAGUGCUGCAUUUUGGGUUAAAAUUUCAUCCAGUUGGUGUUGCAUGCUUUUGUACAUGUGGACGUUGUUAGUCCCGGUCCUCUUCCCUGAUCGUGAUUUCAGCGGCUGAGAAACUUUUUGCGGCUAUCAGAACAUGCAAAGGAAACGAUUUUAUUUAAAGUAAUUGUGUUUCGUUUAGUGGAAUAAUUUUUUUAUUAAAAAUGUUAUGCAAAAAUUCGUUCUUAAAUAGAUUCGUAUACGUAAGCACAGCGAUGUUGCGGAUGUUAUUUCUUCAGUAUAGUGUAAAUUUGAUUCAUUUUGUAUAUUUCUGUAUUUUCCGUUUUUACAACCUUUGAUCGUGUGUUCUUCGUAUAGUACUGUCAUUUCUUUUUUUCCAUCUUGCUCAUAUAUGAUUUUGUUUUUUACUUGUGUUAAGGGGAGUUCGUUUUGUGCGACAAUAUUAUUAGAUUAACCAAACUUUUUUAAAAAAAAUAAUCGCAAUAUGGGUUUACAUUGGUGUAGUCGUAUAGUUUUUACACAACAUAUAAACUGUUUCAAAAAAGAAGAAAACGAAUUUUGUAA